ACCAAUCUCCACUCAAAGCAGCCCCAUGACCUGAGUCUGGACCCCUACAGCCGUACUGUCUACUGGACCUGUGAGUCAACUAACACCAUUAACAUCCACCGCAUGGAUGGCCACAUUGUUGGAGAGGUCCUACGAGAUGACGUGGACAAGCCACGCGCUAUUGUAGUGAACGCCGAGAAAGGGCACAUGUAUUUUACUACUGUGCAGGAUCGUUCGGCUAAAAUCGAAGGUGCCUCUUUGGAUGGGACAGAGCGUGAAUCUCUCUUCACAACCGGUCUGAUCCGACCUGUGGCUCUGGCUCUGGACAAUAAGCUCGGCAAACUGUUCUGGGUUGAUGCGGACCUGAAACGAAUUGAAAGCAGUGACCUGUCUGGGGCCAAUCGGAUUGUUCUCCAGGACUCUAACAUUCUUCAACCUGUGGGCCUGACGGUGCUUGCUGAUCACUUGUACUGGAUCGACAAACAGCAGCAGAUGAUCGAGCGCGUGGACAAACUGACUGGUGAGAAGAGAACCCGUAUUCAAGGCCGAAUCCAGUACCUGACUGGCAUCCAUGCAGUGGAGUACAUGGAACCAGAAGAGUUUGGGUCCCAUCCCUGUUCCCGUGACAAUGGAGGCUGCUCUCACAUCUGCAUCGCUAAGGGUGAUGGGACACCACGCUGCUCAUGUCCCAUGCACCUGGUGCUGCUGCAAAACCUGCUCAGCUGUGGAGAGCCGCCCACCUGCUCCAGCGAACAGUUCACCUGUGCCACUGGCGAGAUUGACUGCAUCCCCAUGGCAUGGCGCUGCGACGGCAUCGCGGAGUGCGCAGACCACAGCGACGAGAUGAACUGCCCCAUCUGCUCUGAGGUUCAGUUCCAGUGCGACAAAGGCCAAUGUGUGGACAUCCAGCUGCGCUGCAAUGGAGAACCUGACUGUGUAGAUGGCUCUGACGAGCAGGAAUGCGACACAAUGUGUAUGCCCAAUGAAUUUCGCUGUGGCAACAACCAGUGCAUUCUGAAGAAACAGCAAUGUGACUCCUUCCCAGACUGCACCGACAAAUCUGAUGAGCAGUUCUGUGAUUUCUCCACGACUCCCAACGACCUUCCGCGCCACACCAGCACAAUCGGCCCUGUCAUCGGCAUCAUCCUUUCUGUCUUUGUGAUGGGAGGCAUGUGUUUUGUGUGUCAGAGAGUUGUGUGUCGCCAUUACAAGGGCCCCAACGGUGGCUUCCCGCAUGAGUACAUCAGUGGAACCCCUCACGUCCCCCUUAAUUUCAUCUCACCCACGAAUUCACAGCACGGUACUUUCACAGGUAUUUCCUGUGGGAAGUCCAUGAUGAAUUCGGUGAGCCUAAUGGGCAGUAGUAGCAGUGGGGCGCCCCUCUAUGACAGGAACCAUGUGACUGGCGCUUCAUCCAGUAGCUCUUCCAGCACCAAAGGAGCUUUCUACCCUCAGAUGCUCAACCCUCCUCCAUCACCAGCAACUGAUCGCUCGCUUUACAACGCAGAAGUCUUUUAUUCAUCCAACAGCCCUUCUACAACCAGAUCUUACAGGCCCUAUAUGAUGCGAGGGGGCGCACCGCCCACCACCCCAUGCAGCACAGAUGUGUGCGACAGCGACUAUACCACCAGUCGGUGGAAAAGCAAUAAGUACUACAUGGAUCUAAAUUCAGACUCUGACCCUUACCCACCACCCCCAACACCGCGCAGCCAGUACAUGUCAGCGGAGGAGAGCUGCCCUCCUUCGCCCUCCACAGAACGCAGCUACUUCCACCUGUGCCCCCCGCCCCCCUCACCCUGCACGGACUCCUCAUGACACCCGGCCAACAGCAACACUUUGUAAAUAAUUUUAAAUAUUUUUAAAAACAAAGAUUUUAUUUUAUUCUUUUCCUCACGCUUGUUCAAGAAACAUUUCAAACUCUUCUGGAGGGACAGAAAGUGCUGAAUUUGCCCUGAACUAAUUUUUGGACAGCUUGCACAAAUAAAUUGCAUUAUUAUAAUACUUUUUAUAAGUUGCCACUUUCCCUACGAACUCUUCAAUGUGUGAGUCUUUUAAAUAUCAACUGAAAUGCAACUAAUUGAACUGUCACUGUUUCAGGAUGCUUUGAUUUAAUCUUCAAUUAUUUUGCAAUUAAAAAAAACUAUUUAAAAAAAAAAAAAAAAGAGUUUAAUUGCUCUGAGGUAGAAUCAAACCAAAUCGUCAAAAUAACACCAAAAUCACCAGUUGCAGAGGAGUUGUAAAAAUGUGUAAUUAGGUAAAUAAUAAAUUUUUGUCAUAAUGACCACGAGGUGUUCUUUUGAUUGUGUUCUAUGUGAAUAUGAUACGAUUCCAAGUAUAUGUUUGUACUUUUUCUGUUUACCAAAAGUGUGUUUGCUGCUAUUGUACAUAAAUCAUUAACUGUAAAUAAUGACAAAUGAAAACAGCCAGCUAAAACAUGUUUGUUUAUAAUGAAACUGACCAUAGACCAUUGAAUAAUUAUUUUGAUUGUGAUGUUAUUAAUCUCUCAUAGCAAAAGAUUUUCAGCUUUGAUUGUGUAUAGACAUAUCUGAAUAUACAUGUGAAAUGCCAUUACUUUGAAGGAGUGAGUCUGGAUUUGCUUUGGCACAAACAGAUUUUCAGUCUUUAAGAGACAGAAAGUCGCCUGUUUUCUAGUGAACCAUUUGUUGAGUCUGUUAAAGAACUAAAAAUAAUACUUAUAAUAAUAAGGCUAAACUAAGCUAUGACGUUAACAAAAGAGUAUGUGGUUAAAUGUACCAUAAUACUAUGGUAACAAACUCUGCCUUUUUUUUUUUUUUUUUUUUUGUAAAAUACAACUGAAUUCCCCCAUUUAUGUUAAUUCAGAAGAGUAGAUUUGUUUAUCAGGUUAAAACAUGUCUUGUACAAUUGACAUGCCAUUUAUUUCUGUUUGAUCAAAAUUAUCUUGAAAUUUCAAUUUUGUCUUGUUGCCAAAUUGAGCACUUAUGAAAUUACAAAUGCAUACAACUUUUAAUUACUAGAUGUUGAAAAUCUAGAGGUGAUCAGGUCAGUUAUAAGAUUAAAUGCGUCUUCAUCUUAACUGAAAAUGAUUAAAUGUUUUGUUUUUACAGUUAGCCAUACAAGAACAUCAUGUAAGAGUCUUUUAAGGCAAAUAUAUAUAUUAUCCCAUAAAGUCAUUUUGAAAACCAGCUUAACAAGUAAUGCAAAUUUUCAUCAUUAAGCUAUAAUUAUGAUCACCCUCUAGGUCAUUUUAACAAGCUGUCAUUUAGCGUGAAUGCGAAUGAAUUUAGUUUGUUUGGAUUCUUAACCACUUGUCAGGUCAGCAGUUUGACCUGUAGAUACCAUCCACUCACACUGAGGGAUAUGCUUCUCUGUGCAGUCAGUGUCUUUGUUUUGUGUACAAAUGCCUCAUAUAAUGCACACUUGUGACGAUUUUUGUAUC